GCGGCGUGCGGGAAGGGCUGCGCCGUUCUUCCGGCCGGCUUCCCCUCCAGCCAAUCACCGCUCGAGGCCCACCCUGCCGUUUCCGGAAGGAGCCGUCUCCUAGAGCAACCGCCAUAUCCGGUCAUCUGAAUUCGAGCGCGGGAGAGACGAUGAGUAAAGGCCGUGCGGAAGCUGCAGCCGGAGCCCCUGGGAUCCUUCUGAGGUACCUGCAGGAGCAGAACCGGCCCUACAGCGCUCAGGACAUGUUCGGGAACCUGCAGAAGGAACAUGGACUGGGCAAAACGGUCGUGGUAAAGACGUUGGAGCAGCUGGCCCAACAAGGCAAGAUCAAAGAGAAGUCAUACGGCAAGCAGAAGAUCUAUUUCGCUGAUCAGGACCAGUUUGAUGUGGUGAAUGAUGCUGACCUCCAUGGCCUGGAUGCCAAAAUUGUGGCCCUCACUGCUAAGGUGCAGAGCUUGCAGCAGAGCUGUCGACACAUGGAAACUGAGCUGAAGGAACUAACUAAUAGCCUGACCACUCCGGAGAUGCAGAAAGAGAUCCAGGAGUUAAAGAAGGAAUGUGCUGGCUACACAGAGAGAUUGAAGAACAUCAAAGCAGCUACUAACCAUAUCACUCCAGAAGAGAAGGAGCAGGUAUACAGAGAAAGGCAGCAAUACUGCAGGGAAUGGAGGAAGCGGAAGAGGAUGGCAACAGAGAUGUGUGAUGCAAUCCUUGAAGGCUACUCCAAGAGCAAGAAGCAGUUCUUUGAGGAAGUUGGGAUAGAGACAGAUGAAGAUUGCAAAGUCAAGCUCCCAGACCCCUGAGGGAACUAGGGAUUGGAACGAAGAGAUUCCCAGGCUGGCCUUUGUGUUGUUUUUGUUGCUCCUGCCGUUCUCUAACUGAGCAUAGCACUGCAGAGAAAGGAAUAGCCAGAGUAUGAGUGGUAGCUGUGGUAGCUCAGUGCUAGUAGACAGGAAGAGAUGGAUGGUCAUGCCCAUUUUGUUGUCCACAUUGCAGUGGCUUGAGCUUAACACAAAGACUUGUAACAUGCUAAAGGAAGGCAUUUGGCAAUAUUUAUUGUGAUAUAAUUUCAUAUAAAAAUAUUUAAUUUCCUCUGGAUAUUCAAACCUCCCAGAUAUCAAACCUGAGGAAGGCAGCAGGGAGCUUGGGAAACAAAGGUAAAGCUGCUACUAAAUAUCAGUAUUUGAGGAGCCCAAAGCAUCACCCAGGACUAAUCCCAGAAGACCCAAGUGUCUUCUAUACCCUUUUGCCUCACCCCAAGUUCUGGGAGAAAUGUGGGCAACACUGGCAGAGACCCAGACACACUGGACAGAAAAGCUGAAGUGAUGUUGAGGCCUCCUUGUUUAAUUUUCCAAAAUUGUAAAUGUGGCAAAACUGCAUUGUUAGUAUUUAAGAAAAUAAAAAAUUUCAAAUGUGUA